GGCCCAUGGAUGAAUGGAAUUUUUGGGUUUGACGAAGAGUUAAUGGAAACCAGGUAGGAGAAGCCUAUCUUGAAAUUAACCUUUUUUGUUUACUUUUACUUCUUCUCUGAAAUUUUGGUGGUUUGGCUUGUGUGCUGUCGAAUUCUACUGUUUUCUCAUUCAUUUCUUCAAGUGCUAUGCUUGAUUGUUUCAACGCGUUAGAGUCUUUUUUUUGUUCUUAUUAUUAUGUGCUUUUGAUCUGCUCGUACUGAGUUAUGAUGGAGAUCGGGUACUUGUUACAACUUAGGGUUUAUUGGACUCUCUCAAUCUUUCUUUUUUUGUUCCGAAUUGGGAUUUUGUUCGCUGUUUAGAGUAGCCAGCUUCAAUGGGAUUGGAUUAGGAUCUGUGUGGGGUGUUUUAUUUUAUACCUUACGUUUAUAAUAUGGUGAAAGACUGAUCUUGGGUUUUUUUUUUUUUUUUUUUGGCUUCUCUUUUGUGUUUUUGUUCAAUUUUAGACAUUGGCUGAGGAUUUAAAAAGAUUUCUCUUGAGUAGGUUUUCAUGGGUUGAACUUGAGGAAUCAUGGGGAGUCGCAGCGAAGAGGAAGAAGAUCGAUUCUUCGAAUCCCGAGAGGAGCUCGCUUCUUUGUACGAUUCGGGAUCGGAUCGCCGCGACAGUUUUGACUCCGGUUCCGGGCUAGUAAAUCGGGUCUCUGAUAGUUCACAAUACGAAGUUUGGGUUAAGAUUCCAGAAAGCAUUCGUGACCGCCGGAAUAAGUUCCUGAAAUGGAUUGGUGAUGAUUCCGAAGAUGUCUCCCUUCACCGCGGAGUGGGUAACGAUAGAGCAACAGAGAGCAGUGGGGCUGUGCUGGGAAGUUCUGAUUUCGAAGACGGGUUUCAGUCGAGUCGGUCUUCCAUCUCUUGUUGGUCCAACGGCGCUCCUGAUUUUUCUGAAGAUGGGAUCUUGGCUGAGAAUUGUGUCUUUAAAAUUAAAAACUUAGAUGAUGGAACAGUGUUCAUCGUGGAUGAAUUAGGACAGGAUGGGAUGCUGAGCAGACUUCGUGAAGUCAAUUCAAAUCGACUGGUUACUGUGGAAGAGUUCGAGAAAACACUCUGGUUAUCCCCUCUGGUGCAGCAAUUUAUGAGGAGAGAAGUUUUAGAGACAGUCAAUGUAGUGGAGAAGGCUAAGAGAGUAAAGAGGGGGUGGUUAAAGAGAUUGGUCGCCGUGUCCCGCAUUGUGAGUAGGAAAGGAGAUGGUGGCAAUUCCCAUUCCGACAACUCUAACUCUUCUUUGGCAACAAGGGUUCAGAGGGUCAGGGUUCGUCCUUACAGGAAACGGUCCAAGGAGCUCUCUGCUCUUUAUAUGGGACAAGAAAUAUGUGCUCACGAGGGUUCAAUAUCGACAAUGAAGUUCAGUCCUGAUGGACAGUGUCUAGCAAGUGCUGGUGAAGAUGGGGUUGUCCGUGUAUGGCAGGUAAUUGAGACUGAGAGAUCAAAUGAAGAUGACAUUCUGGAUGUUGAUCCCUCGUUUGUAUAUUUUACCAUCAAUCACUCUUCUGAGCUGGUUCCCCUUUUUGCGGAUAAAGAGAAACUGAGUAAAUUCAAGACACUCAGGAAAACGGCAGACACAGCUUGUGUCAUCUUACCGCCAAAGGUCUUUCGGCUGUCUGAAAAACCACUCCAUGAGUAUCAUGGGCACAGUGGUGAGGUCUUGGAUCUGUCAUGGUCUAAGGACAAGUAUCUGCUUUCAUCCUCUGUGGAUAAAACUGUUCGAUUGUGGCGAGUGGGAUACGAUGGAUGCCUCAAGGUCUUCUUUCAUAAUAAUUAUGUGACUUGUGUUCAGUUCAACCCUGUGGACAAUAAUUACUUCAUUAGCGGUUCAAUAGAUGGAAAAGUCCGAAUCUGGAAAAUUCCUCUUGGUCAUGUUAUUGAUUGGACAGAUAUAAGAGAAAUAGUCACUGCUGUGUGCUAUCGCCCGGAUGGACAGGGAGGGAUUGUUGGAUCCCUGACUGGCAAUUGUCGCUUUUAUGAUGCAUCAGAUAAGCUUCUGCGACUGGAUGAUCAAAUAUGUUUACAGAGUAAAAAGAAGUCACCUUGGAAAAGGAUCACUGGCUUUCAGUUCUCCCCAAGUGAUCCAAGCAAAGUAAUGGUCACCUCUGCUGAUUCACAAGUACGAAUUCUUCAUGGGGUUGAUGUGGUCUGCAAAUUCAAGGGUCCUCGGAAUGUAGGGAGCCAAAGAUCUGCAUCUUUCACUGCAGAUGGGAAACAUAUUAUCUCAGCCAGUGAGGAUUCUAAUGUAUAUGUCUGGAACUGUGAUAGGCUGGAUGGACCCACAACCUCCCAGUCAAAAAGCACGUGGUCUUGUGAGCGCUUCUUCUCUGACAACGCAUCUGUUGCUGUACCUUGGUGUGGCUUGAGAUCUGGGGAUGCAGUUAGCUCAACUGUUUCUGACAGUCUUCCAUCCCCUAAAAAAUUUGGGGAUCCACCAGCUACUAAGACAGAAAAUGGGUGGUUGCAUUGUCUGCUGGAUCCACCAGCUACUAAGACAGAAAAUGUCCUCCCAAUGCCUUCACCUGAUCGUUUCUCUUUGAGCCAUGGAUUCUUUUCAGAGGCUUUACCAAAAGGCUCUGCCACAUGGCCUGAGGAGAUGCUUCCUGUGUCACGCUCACUGUCCGUGUCAUCGACAGUGUGUAAAUCCCAAUACAAGUUUCUAAAGACUUCCUGCCAGAGCACACUCAGUUCUCAUGCAUGGGGUCUGGUGAUCGUAACUGCAGGCUGGGAUGGGCGUAUCCGAUCGUUCCUCAAUUAUGGGUUGCCGGUUCGUCUUUGAAAGUAUAGGCUCAGGAUGCCUUUUGGAAAGAGUUUUACUGUUGGGCGUUUCAACAUACGUUGCUGCCCCUUAUGCUGGAUGCUGCAGAUUUUCAUUAGUCCAGCCCAAAUAUGUGAAAGAAAUGAUAGGUUGUGCUGCGUUGUCAAGUUGUGGUGGGGUGUUUGUGAGUGGGCUCAAUUCUAAAUUUUAUCAGCAUCCACUGCCUCAGCAAAUACAGGUUUGAUACUUCACGGGCAUGUGAAAUGUAGAGAAGUUUUGACAAACUGGGAUUCUCUGUUUGGGGCCCUUGUAUAGGUUUUAUAAUAUAGUCUAAUUAGACUCUGACAGCAUGAAAGGUGGCGAGGUAUCCAUGGUUGUGUUGUAUAAAUGGGCCUGGUGAAAAAAAAGAGGCCAGAUUUUGUUCUUCUGGAUUUGGAAAUCCAGCUUAAUUAUAUGAUUCUUUUAUUUAUUUUUUAGUGGAGGAGGUGGUGGCUGCCUGAAGCAAAGGAAGGGUCAGUGAAGAUUUUGUGCAUAUUAAUGUCAGGGUUUAUGGAACAAUUGUUUAUUAAGAAUGGUGAAGUGGGCAGAGGUGGUGGGUGGAGUACAUUGAUGGGAGAUAUGGUUAAGAACAAGCACCUUUCGUGACAUUGUUGGCUGGUCUGAAUGGUUUUGCGAAAUUUGGAGUUUGUUCUUUCAGAUUGGGUUUGUAGUGAUAGCAGGAAUCCGGGUGGGCAGGGUCUCCUUAGAAAGUGACUGGGCUGCUGGACUUCUGGUGAUUAAUGUGGGUUGCGAUGUCAGGGAUACAAUGAUAAUCGAAGUUUGGGUAACCAAUUCCAGUGCCGCUUUCCUGUAUUGUGUGCUGCCUAUUGCUCCUGGUCUAAGUGGUUCAGCAGAGACAUCCACCAUUGGCUCUACACUCUCUACCCACAAGGCUUCCCUUUCCUGAAUUGGUAGUUCCCACAUUUUGUCUGUCACUAAUCAGGUUCACAUCAUGUUGUGUAUUUUUUCAUCAUUUAUUACAUAUUUAUACUGUGAUUUACUUUUGAAAGAAAAUUGUACACAAAGGUGGCAUUGUAUCAAUAUAAAUUUUAUCUACUU